CUCUCUCUCUCUCUCUCUCUCUCUCACACACACACACACACACACAUGGGGGACAUUACUGUCAAUGGCGGCCCCCAUGACCCAUUGGAAAACCCACCAAAGAGCUACGCACUGAGUGGCAAAAUCAUGCUAAGCGCAAUAAUCAUCUUAUUCGUCGUUGUGGUCGUCAUGGUAGUCCUCCAUCUCUACGCUCGGUGGUACCUCCUCCGCGCUCAAAGGAGACAAGUCCUUCUCCGCCGACGCCGCAGCCGCAGCCGCGCCCGCCGCCGCGCCCACCUCGUCUUUUACGUCGACAAUCCCAAUUCCACCGCCACUCGCGGCCUUGAACCUUCGGUCCUGAACUUACUUCCAGAGUUCAUCUACUCCCCCAAGACCCACCCGGAAACGCUAGAAUGCGCCGUGUGCUUAUCGGAAUUCGAAGAGAAUGAGAAAGGUCGUCUUUUACCUAAAUGUAACCAUUCUUUUCAUGUAGAUUGUAUUGACAUGUGGUUUCACGCUCACUCCACUUGCCCAAUUUGCCGGUCACUGAUUGAACCGGUUCAGGCCGCCGAAAACAACCGGUCCGAUGUAGUGGUUUCAGUGGGUGAGACUGAACCGGGUUCAAGUUCUGUGUUAUGCCUUGCCUGUCCACACGAGGAGGAAGAGGAACAGAGCGCUUCUACUUCAAUGGAGUCUCGGAGGAAGGUUAAGGACAUGGUGGGUGUGACGAUAGAGGUGCCAAGAAGAAAUCAGUCAGGGGACGAGUUGGGACUGAGUUCACCAGCGAGUCAGGGGUUCAAAUCGCCUGGUGCUCGUUUGUUCUCUCUGAAGAGAAUUAUCAGUAUGAAUAGAAGAGGAUCCGAUACCGGGUCGAGCUCUGGUGGGUCGUCGGUGGGGACUGAGUUGGAUAUAGAGCGGGGAGUAGCGAGUUGACUCAAAAGCUAACUCGGAGAAAGUAUUUAACUUGACAGAAAAGUCACGCGACGGCGUGUUAGAACGAUGAAAGUGUCAAAAAAGUCAGACAUUUUUGCCAACUGUCAGUCUAGAUGGAGAAGUGGGUUUUUGCCACGUCGCACUCAUCGAUCGACUAUUGUCUUUGUAUUGUACACGUGGAGAUAUGUGAAUAUAGAUGAUCAUGAGCGCAGCCAUCAUUGACCGGGUUGUUGACUAGGGGCUAUGGAUAUUAUCCAAUUCUUAUUUAUUUAAUUUUUUACUGAAAAGCGUGUUGUUCAGAAGUACAUGAAUAUCGCAUUGCUUUAAGGAAACAAAAUUUUAGGACUUCAUGUUGUUAAUUUUUUGUUAUUUCCUUUAUAUAAAAAGAAGUUAAUUUUUUGUUA